AACCUGAACUUUCAGUUUCUAUUCUUUUGUGCCGUAAUGGAGCUGAGGAUACCGUCUCUCCGUGCCUCCCUUACGACUCUUGUCUUUUUGCAGAAAUUAUUGAUAAUAGUUAUUAUUUCAGAUGCGGCGGCCGGAGAGAGGACUCGGGUGUUUGUCACCGUGUUGUAUCGGCAUGGCGAUCGCUCACCAGUCGGAGCCUUCCCCACUGACCCCCACCAGGAGAGCGCCUGGCCUCAAGGCUUUGAACAACUAACGCAGGAAGGAAUGAGGCAGCACUAUCAGUUGGGACAGAGGCUCAGACGGCGCUACGAUGGUUUUCUAAAUGCUGCAUACAAUCGGCAUGAGGUCAUGGUGCGGAGUACAGAUUAUGACCGGACUCUGAUGAGUGCAGAGGCACACCUGGCCGGCCUGUACCCACCUGAGGGGGCUCAAAUCUUCAACGCCAGUCUUGCCUGGCAGCCCAUCCCUGUCCAUACAGUACCACAGGCAGAAGAGAGGCUGCUCUCAUUCCCCCUGCAUGACUGCCGGAAGUAUGAGCGCUUAAUGAAUGAAACCAGGGAAACAGAUGCCUAUAAAAAUAUGACCGAUACCUAUGAAGAUUUUUUGGCAAUGGUGAGCAACAAGACUGGCUUGGAACAGGUCACCAUAGAAUCUGCAUGGCGUGUCUAUGACACAUUGUUCUGUGAGGAUAAACACAACCUCAAACAUCCUCCAUGGGUAACACCAGAGGUCAUGGACGAACUUAAAGAACUGAAUGACCUUGCCUUCAGUAUCAUGUUUGAUAUGUAUAAUAGGACGGAGAAGAGUCGGCUUCAAGGAGGUGUCCUGCUUGAUCAAAUUUUGAAGAACAUUUCAGCAGUUGCAGCCGAUGCGUCACAUCAGCCACUGAAGAUGAUAAUGUACUCAGCGCAUGAUACAACCAUCGUGGCACUACAAUCAGCCUUAAAUGUGUUCAAUGGAAAAGAGCCACCCUACGCUUCCUGCCACAUUUUUGAGUUGUUUCAAGAAGACAAUGGGUCUUUCUCCAUUGCCAUGUUCUACUGGAAUGACACCAGCACAGAGCCUUACCCUCUGGUCCUGCCGGGAUGUGAGCAUUACUGCCCCCUGGAGGACUUUAUCUGCCACACUAAACCUGUCAUCCCUUUGAAUUGGAAGGAGCAGUGUGACAAGAACACGGAUCAAAGGAUGCUGGGCGGGAGACGUCAUUAUGCUCCGGAACAUUGCCAGCCAAUCAGCUGGCCGCGGGGGAGGAGCCACAAAAUUGAAAGAUGUGUUUGCUCCCAAUGGCGUGCAGUGUUUUAGUUGUUGUGUGCGUUGAGAUGCUGCACUCACUCACUCAUACUGUUACUUCACUAUGGAAUAUUAUAUGAAAUAUAAAACUACAUAACGCUAAAGAAUGUAAUCUUUAGAAUAAUACCAAAAAGAUGUAACCUGCAGAAGACAAUGUAACCUUGAUACCUUUAAGAGAAUGCAGGCCAAUUACAGUUGCACGAUGUAAUCAUAUGAGCAUGUAUCUGUACCCUAAUAAACUCUGAAGCUUAUCACGCCCCAAUUAGCUAUGUAGCUUAUCACUUUGUUGUAGGUUAUAAAAUAUAAUAAGCUGUGUAGCUAAGUAGUGUGUAGCUAACUGAAACGACCAAGGCUUAUUACUGUAGCGUCUUUGAAUAGAAGACAAUCGCCCAAGUUCCGAGUUCGCUCUGAGUUCAUGGCCACAUACAGUGUGUAGAAAAUCUUGUAGAGAUGGUUUUGCCAUAAUUAUGUUCACCUAAGGGGCCAAGCGGUAAAGGAAAUGAUUGACAGACUUACCACUCAUGGGUCAGCACACUUUGCCUGUAAACAAUUAUUUCAUGCUGCUGCAUUGGUCAGCGUUACAACUUUGCCUGUUUGUGUAAAUAAGCAUUUAAAUAUGCUGUAAGUGACCAUGGUGAUUAGCAGCCUCUGGUAAGUUUCGGGGUCUGGACGGGGAAGUACAUCGAUUCAAACCACCACAUCUAAAUCGCAAUGUCCAGACACCCUAGGUAAGGGGUAGGUGCUAAACCUUGUAAUUUUUGUUAUUGGUCAGGCAAUCUUGGAGUGGGUAGAUUUUAUUUGUUUUGUUUUCAGUAAGAGGUCAAAUUGCUUACCUUUUAGGGAAACUGGUUUUGGUUUCUGUUCUUUAACCUGUCCACAAUCCAGACUCUCUUUUCCUUUGUGUUUUUCUUUGCCUUGUUCAAGCCUGUUUUCUGUUUAACAAAUUGUGUGUUCAUCUUCUUGGCUGGCUGGCUACACGCCUGUAAAGACUCACCCUAUAUGCGCAACAAACCCAUCUAGAUGCAUUCCUCAGGUGUGUGACGUCCUUUUGGCAGUUGGUGGCCUCCUCUCACCCAUUGCCAGGGUUACACCGUAUUUUGUGACCAUCAUAAUAUGUGACUCUAGGGGCGCUGUUUCACAUUAUUGGGAAUGAAUGCAUGGUUCUUGCUCAUCUGCAUGAGCCCUCUGCGCAUUGCACGUACCGUAAUUAGUUUAACGUUUUCAUUUUACAUAUUUUCUACUUUUUCAAAGUAGCAGCGUUUCCGCUUUCUGUUCUGUCCUCUUAUUUGUAUUCCUUAGUGUUGUCUCAGGAACUAUGAUUGGAAGUAAACCCUUCUGCAUAUUCUUUUAACAUUUGCAAAUUAUAAAGGUAGCUACAAGAAUAUUACAAUGUUCCACAAUUGCGUGCUUUUCUUUUAUUUUUUAUUUAUUUCAAAGAGGAUGCAUGAAAGGUACAUAGAACCAUUAACGGUGGAUAUAUUCAUAAAUGUAAAUGCAGAUUUCCAAAAAAUAAAUGAUGGAGUUAUUCUUUUCAA